AUGGACAACGAUCUCGAGCCAGUAAAAUUAGUUUUCCUUGGAGAUUCAUCGGUUGGAAAAACCUCCUUUCUACUUAAUUUCACCAAUGGUCAGUUGAUCGAAGGAGACAGUUCGGUGGUCUGCGACUUCUCAGACAACAUAGAAUUAGACGGAACGAGAUAUCACGUUAAUUUCUGGGACAUAAACGGCGAUUUAGAAGACCGUCUUCGGCCUCUCGUAUACCCUGGAACCAGCGUAUUUAUGCUAUGUUUCGAUGUUUCAAAUCGCACAUCAUUUGAGAACAUCAAAGAUUCAUGGACUACUGAAAUUCGCCAAUAUAUGCCAGAUAUCCCUUCUCUGUUGAUUGGCAACAAGAUGGAUCUCAGGGAUCAAAGGUUAGUCAAAAAGGCUGUCUACAGUUUUCAAAAACAUAUAGACUUCGUGUACAUGUAUAGCAGAUUUUUGGAUAGCUUUGUGAGUGUUCGUGUAAGUCUUGUAGGAACAUUAUUCGCAUUUUAAUCGCAUUUUAACAAAUUGAGCACGAGGCAGCACGUUCCCUUUUGAGAACGGAAGUUAGGUUUAUCAUGGGUUUAUGCACGGGGUCUCUUAAAUCAUUCAGCUAUAUACACUUGAUAUUAGGAGUCUCUUAUUUUUUACGAAAGGUACUGCAAUCUUGGACAGAAUAAAUUAAAAAGCCAAAGAUACCUCCUUCUCAAACCCCCCCAACCACCCCCGACCCCCCAACUAUGUUUCCCUGAAAUCAGAAAUGAGCUGCGGGAAGCACAGGGCGCAGAGGAGCUGUUUGUGAUGGAAAAGAAAGUGAAAAUUUUACUGCCGAACGAACGAGUCGCCUUUGUUUACUGUAGAAUCUAUUAUGAACUUGACCUUCCAAAUAGUCAUGCGAUCGUGUUACUAACCUGGUAAGAUAUUGUUAUUCGCCCGUAGUCAUUAGAGACGGACCAUUAGAAAAGUUAUUGGGGGAGGUGGGGAAGCGAAGUACAAAAAAAAUAUUCGCGCAAGGGAAAAUUAAAUGAAAAAAAUUCAUGCACGCCAAUUAACCCUGAAAAAAAUUCAUGCUACGGCCUAAAAAAAAUUCAUACAAGGAAUUUGAUAACGAAAAAAAAUUCCUGCGGCUCAAAAAUUCCCCACCACCCCCACAACGUUUCUAACAGUCCGUCCCUUACCCUCGGCGGUUUCACCGAGCAUCAGAUAAUAUUUUACCAGGUUAGUAACACGAUCACAUAAAUAUUUGGAACGUCAAGUUCUUAACAGAUUCUACAGUAAACAAAGGCGACUCCUUCGUUCGGCAGUGAAAUUUUCGCUUUAUUUUCGAUCACAAAUACCUCCUCUGCGCCCUGUGCACGCAGGCACCGCCAUCACCCGGCCUGGCCAAUACCUUACGCAUGCGCACAGUCAUAUCACCAGGGCAGAGACAGCCAUUUCAGUAGAGAGAAUACAAAACCCAGGAACCCUAUUAAAUACUGUUGUUUACAAGAGAGAAAAUUGAUGUUUUUAUUUAUUCCCUUUAUUCUUCAUUGCCAAACCAGCAAAUCUAACGAGUCUGGCACAGUGACCGUGAAAGAGGCCUGGGAGCUAGCUAAGUUUCUUGGUACUUCGUACGUCGAGAACAGCGCCACAACAGGAGAAAAUGUAAAAGAUGUUGUCCAUACAGCUCUUAGAGUAGUUGCUGACCAGCGAAAACUGCAGAGGUCCAAAUGUCGUUGUCAUCGACUUUUCAAGUGGAUCAACAAAUGCAAACAUCGUAAAUGAAGAGAUUGACGACAGGCAGGGAUUUGAAGCCUACAGGGAGAUAAAAAUUUCAAGUGGAAAAAAAAGCUACUUUUCUCUUAUAACAUAAAUUCUCCUCAUAAGCUAAUUUUUGGAUGGAAUAUAGUGGAUAGUUUCGUCUAGACAUGUGCUUUCUGCGCACAAGCCUUUACUCGGCUUGUCACACGUUGUGGGGCCAGCUAAACAAAAUUUAUACUGGAAGUGUGGCUCUUGAAUUUUUGAAAUAUGUUAAACGACACAGACAGUCCACGAUCUACAGCUGUAAUCUUUAUUAAGCCUAAAAUACAAGCUUCGCCGUAGGUACGUUUGUAAUGACAGCUCCCAAUGAUCGUACACUCAUGAACCAGUCUUAAGACAACGUGGAAAUCUGCUUGUUUGGUGUCUCUGACACAUUUUAAACAAUAUUUGCGUGCGAAUGAAAUUACCUAUGCUCAGCCCCUAACCCCACAUAUUAUCAUGUACUGAGUGCAAGUGGGAAGCGGCAGGGUAGGAGGAAGAGGGAUACUGGGGUUCCUAAACAACACGGCCUAAGUCCAGAACAUAAAACACUAUUUUAAAGAGAGAUGGGAGGAAAUAUAAUAAUUAAAUUUACAAUAUUUAAUAUCCUGAAUAUACCUCACAAUUCAUCGUUUGAGAUAUAUUUUAUAUAUAAACUGAAUUGCAUUAAAAAUAAAGAAAAUAAUAUUUACCAAUAUUAUAGUUUGGUGUGUUAGUUACAGGUAAGUGAAUUUCUAGUUAUGAAAGUCAUUGACAAUGGGCUUGAAGAAGAAAUAACUUUUUAGCUCAGCAGAAAGGAAAAUCACUUUCGUGCAGGAUAUCAAGUUCAGUCUCCUUGUUCAGUUUUAUCCUAGUGAAUAAGCCGAAAACUUCGUCUGUAUAAAACGACCACAAACUUCGUAUCCCUAGUAGGAUCGAUGAUUUAGCAGGGCCAUUCGUCGCUAGUCGUCGUCGUCGUCAUUGGCGUCGUUUUUAGUUUUUUGCUUGCCUAGUCUCUAAGCCUCAUUUUUUUUCGCGGCCAAUGCGUUUCGAGUCACGUGGUCUGAGCGAGUUCGUCUUGGAUACGUCACCGAAAAGCGAAGGCCUGGGAAGACACCGUACAGGGACAAGGGAAGUUUUUUGCCACUUAUGUCUUUUAUAAACACUAGAUUUUGACUGGCGGAAUCCUAGAAUUCAAAACAAGAACGCUCUUAGUAGCGUUGCGUCUCGCUUGCUUGGAGAUACGUUACAUACAUACAUACAUACAUACAUACUUUAUUGUUACCUCUCUAAAGGGGCUUUGCAGGAACAAUGAUUAUAUUACAUUAUUUAUAAUAACUGAUUACAGCACUCAAUCUAAUACUAAUUACAAUGCUAGCUAAUUGCUAAUUACAAUGUUUUAAACUUAACUAAGAAGUAUUAGUAGUUUUAGUACAAAAUUAUCUAAAAGCUGGCUCCUUAAGGAUCGUUUAAAAAUUCCAACAGAUGGGCUUAACUUAAGAAAAGAUUCCAAAUUGUUCCAAAGUAUAACAGUCCUGCAAUAAAAGGUUCUCUGUCCGGAUGCAGUUCUGAAAAGAGGGAUGUUUAGCUUUUGGCUAUUCCGAGUUGUUCGUUCGCUAACUUGCUCACGGGUAAUAAAUUGAGAUGUAAGAUAUUCAGGGGCUUGACCGGUCAUGCAUUUGAAGGCUAUAGCUUGGCGAUAGUACAGUUGGUCCUUAACAGGCAUCCAAGACAGGCUUUAAGAGGGGUGUUGUCAAAGGCGCUGUUGCUCUGUGUUGCUAUUAUGCUACUUUUUUGUUUGGAAUACAAAAUGAGUGUUACAAGUCAUAAUGUAAAUAGAGUGUUUUUACUCACGUGGCCAGCCUCUAUGCAAAUUGAUUGGAACAAAAGAAUGUGUUUGCAUAAGAAAAGAGUUCAACUCCCAAAGGACUGGUUUGGGACACCAACAUGGCCGCCUUUUCAUUGUUUUGGGACACCAAUAUGCCCGCCGUAACGUCAUGUGAAAACGCUUUAUACUCAAAACGUAGAAAUUGCAAGAAGAGACAGACUUAGCUUCACACCAGUGUGAAACCUUUUAAAACCUUUUGCAUAUUGAUAUAGAUACGACAUUGUGAAAUUUUGAGCUGGCGCAUAGCCAAAGACUGUAAUAUAUAGAUUUGACCAGGGUUUAUACUCAUAAAUAAAAAAAAUUAAAUCGUGUAAUGCUAAACGGGGACGGCAAUGAAAAUGGCAUCAAGAUCAAUAGAUCUAAUUAGCAAAAAAAAACAAAUUUGCACGUGCAGCACAACGUUUUUUUUUCUAAUUAGCAAAAAAUAAAUGUGCACGUGCAGCACGCUUUUUUUUUUUCUAAUUAGCAAAAAUAACAAAUUUGCACGUGCAGCACUCUUUUUUGUCUUUCUUUCCGUUGUUUGGCACAACCUACAAUGCCGUUUUGUACGAAUAAAACGUCAAACCAGUUCCUAGUUACACAUUAUUUUUAUGGAGGAAUUGUCGUAUAUACUUACCAAAGAUUUUGUUUCUGUGUUCAUGUUCACUUUUAUUUUUUCACUGCCGCUCAUUUUCACCUUGCUGGCCUCUAGUAUUUCUCAUUUUCUCACCUCCGCCAUGAAAUUUUCAUGUUUUUCUUCCUACGAAAUUUUUCUCCUUUGUUUUCAAUCACUCGCUCUAGCUCUUUCUCUGUUAUCCACGUGAAUGUAAACAUCGAAAAUAACGUCGAAAAAGACACGAAUUUGUUGUUGUUUUUUCUCUCUCUCUAAGAGUCCGGCGGCCAUGCGAUUUCCUUGGACUAAAACCUCGAGUUGCAUUUGGGUUGCCAUACCUGAUGAUUGAGUUAUUUUAUAUUGGUGUGCCAGUGGUGCGGACGGGCGGUCGGGCGGACGUCCGGUCAAGUGACUAUCAAAAUUUCUCGGAUGCAUAGGUUACCAAAUUUUCUUACCCAUGGUGCUCCGCUGAGCGCGUGUGCCAACAUACAAAGAAAAACAAGAACGCUCUUGGUAGCGCUGAGUCUCGCUUGAUGAAGAUAAAUUUUAUUGUCAGCUGGUGCUCUUAUGCUACAUUUAUCGUUCGGAACACAAAACGAGUGUUGUAUGUCAUAAUGUAAAUACUCAAAACUUGAAAUUUGCAAGGAGAGACUGACAGGCCGUACAUCUUAGCUUCACACCGGUGUGAAGCGUUUGAAAACCUCCUGCGAUAUUGCUCCAGUGUGGAUAACUCUUUCAGGUAUUUUACACUCAAAAAAUUGAACGAUGAUUUUUAUCAGUAUAAAUAUAUAUAUAGCUGCUUUGUAGCGGAGAAGAUACUGCUCAGUACAGUUUUUGGCUUUUUUCAGCACAGGAAAAAUGUGUAAGUUUAGCAGAACCUUAUACAACUGGCCCCGGUUGUUCAAACGUUGGACAGCACUAUCCACCGGAUAAAUCAUUAUCCAGCGGAUAAGUAUUACGGAAAUCAAUUACGCUAUCCGCUGGAUAGUGAUUUAUCCGGCCAUAGCGCUAUCCAAUCUUUGAACAACCUAGGCACAGUUAAUUCAGUUGACGCGUAUUCCUGUUGAAUUUGUUGUCCGUUUUAUAAGAUACCAAAAUUGCGUGUAGGUAAUUACAUUUUCUAUGGCUGCUUAGUAUCUGCUUUUAAUAUCUUCGUACAGUUGGUGUUUACGCGAUCUAAGGGUAUAAUGUUUAGAGCUAUACACAGCGUGCAUUUUAUCACAGUAUCACCGGGAUGAAGCGUUUCAUUUUCCAGGAAAAUUUCACUUUCUCGUCAAAGCAAUCACUGACUCAGUCAGACUGGGAGUAGUUUACUUAAAUUUAGUGCUCAGUAAAGCGAGCGGGGUUAUGUUUUGCGAAAUUUAUUUACAAUCGGCGACUGCGUGCCACAUUACCACGAUCCUUGAUUUAUUUAUUUAUUUUAUUUUCAAGUUGUUUUUUUAACCGAUCCUCAAUUUUCUAUCCCCAAUUCUCGAUCCUCAAUCCUCGAUCCUCGCUCCAGGUCUUCCAGCAGCCCAGUAAAACUCGAAUUGUUACUCAUUAAGACUGUCCUUUUUUUUUCGACCACUGAAGUAAUCAUUUGUUCCAAAGUAAUCAACGCUUUCAAGCGAUAGAAUUCGAGGACCGACACGUUCCUGAAAAGCUCGAUAUGGGAUUUCUAUUCUAUGAACAUGAAGUGCUGCAAGUAGAGUGCGUGAUAGUCAAGUACAAAGCUACCCGUAUAAACACAUGUACAUCCGUGAUACAUGCGUAAACGUCAGUCGCGUAGUUGAAGUUGCUUCCAGCAGUACUCGAAGGUAAAAAAAAUCAUUGAUAUCUCAAGUAUUUAUAAAGUACAACGCGACUUCACAUCUUAUCAACUGGGAAAAUCUAUCAAUUAAAUACAUACGUGAAUCUAUUUAACCGUAGAGUUGCAGUAAUUGCGAUAAUAUUCUGAGAAACGUAACGCCUCAAUACACUACAAUAAUAUUUUCUCAUCCUACUUGGGGUAUUUACUUUCUGACACACGUGCAUAUAAUUGCACGAAAAUUAAGGGCCUCGAUUUUGGGACAAUUACGUCAUUGCCAAACAGCGAAAACGUGUUCAUCUUACAAGCGCAAUUUCAGUAAUCGCCGCAAAUAAACCCCAUACACAUCACAAGACUUAUUUGCAUACAAUGAAAAUCGUCACGAUUCUUAUCCCCAGUUUCCACUGUCUCCGUUAGGAACGCGUGGGAGCUUACCCCCCUUUUAUUGAGACGGACCGACGAAAACAAAAAACGCUUGCAUUCUCGCUCUGCUAAAGCAAGCUCAACUAUACACUAAGGUGCACUUGUCCGUCAAAAGUUUCUAACUUGGACCUCCCCUCACCUAUCUCUUUUUUAUUUAAAGGUAAUUUUUUUAAAAUUCCCGUCUACCGUUUUUGGACCCCGUAUAGCAGGAGCCUGUUAGUUUUAAUAGCGCGCGCACUCCUUUUCUCCCGUUGCGCGUGCGCACGUCCUCGAAAUUUCUCCCUUCGCCCAAACGCACCGCCUCUGUAGAUCCCCAAACCAAUAGUUUUGAUGGUGCGUGGGCCGGCUGUCUUCGUGCGUCAUACAUAUCCAUCUUUUUUGAAACCGGAUAGUUAUUGACCUACAGUAGCUUUUUCUAAAAUUCCCCCGCACUCCACCGAUGUGUGUCGACAGUCCUUUUCGAAAAUCGAAGCGUUUCUACUGGCUGUAAAAUAACCCACUUCAAAAUUUUACCUGAAAGAAAACUACUUUAAAGAUAUGAUUAAAAAGUCAGCUUUACGGUAGAGUAGUAUGGAGAGAGAAGAUAGAUCGAUCAGACUGUCGGCUGACUCUCACGAAAAUUUCCGUUUUCCUCCGUCCACACGAUAAUCCCAAAACAGUGUUUUCAAAAAAUUCCAGUCUGUAUAGCAUUUUUGAAAAAUUUUUGGUGACCAUGUUUUUUCGGUGGAAUACCAUUCAGAAAAAAAAAGAAGAAGAAAAGAAAGACAAAAAAAAAUAAUAAAAACGUGCUCCGGAGAGCGUUUUUGACGGUUUUGAAAAAUUAUUUUUCGGUGCCCGCGCGCUUUCAUCGGAUACCUGUGAACAGAACCUUUAAAUAGCUAGUAAUUGCAAACGUUUAUGACAGAAUAAGAUUCUCCAGAGCGAAUUUUAACUUGAAUUUUGAUCUUAGUUUUACAUGUAAAAUCAGAUGAUUUAGUCUAGUAAUGGAAGGUUUAGAACGCAAGGAACUCUAUCUAUCGAUCUAUCUAUCUAUACUCUAAAACGCUAUAUAAACAAAUGUUGUCACUUGUCAGAGUUUGAAAGGCGCGUUUGACGUCUUUGACAACUAGACAGAUGUUCAGAUGGGUGCGCAGAUGUUAGAAUGUACGUAGAUGGAUGAUGAUAAUGAUGGUAACUUUAUUUUCGUCUCAAACUUCCAGCUUAGCACAAGUGUUGAAACUAAUCGGGGAGACAUGGGAUGUUCAAUACUAAAUAAAAAGUGUCAAUUACGUAGGAUUGUGCACAGCAUGUCGAUUUUAUCUUGCGUGAUAUUCGGCCGGCCAUUUUUUUGAGUGCGUGAGUAUCUAAACACGCGUGAUAAUGCCCAAAGCGUUGAUUGGUUAAUCCGUUCUUGACCGAGGGAGACUAAAACGUAAUUUUUCCAUUCACGGUUUUCAUUUGGAGAAAACUCUCAUUUCAGCUGUGUUGUUCUUUGAGGGUGCUUAGUUUUCUUUCGGUUAAGGUAAAUUUCAUAGUAGUGUUAUACCUCGGCCGUCCUUGGACUAGUCUUAGCUAUGCGUCGUUUGAAAGUUAAGGUAGUCGGAGAUGGCAACGUGGGUAAAACGUCGUUUCUUGUUCGUUGGUUCCACGAAAACUUCCCAGAUCAAGAUGAAACUCCAUUAUUCCCCGGUCGCGAAAAGAUUUUACCAUCUGUUCAAGAUCCUUUCUUCACAAACAUGACUGUGGACCGAGCUAAUUAUGUACUGACCUUCUGGGACACGAUCAGCGGAGCGGAGUUUCUAAAAUUUCGCCCUAUGGAGUACGAGGAGACUGACGUUUUUCUUGUCUUCUUUGAUCUCUCGAAUCCGACUUCUUUUCAAAAUGUGUCCACUGUCUGGGUUCCCGAAUUAAAGCACUACAUGCCCGGAACCCCGAUUCUGGUCGUUGGGAAUAAGACCGACCUGCGGAAAUCGAGGUGAGGAUGAAAUUUCUUUACCUACUUUUUCUUAAACGCUUCGAAACUGAGAGCAGGCAACGAGCCGUUUAGUUUUCAGUUCAGGUGUUCUUGUUCCAACAUCCGCUGCAAUCGUUAUUUAUUAUUUCCUAGUAAUAACGACUCACUUUUAAUUUUCUUUCUUAACCUAGUCAAACUGCUGCAGGUCACAGUUUAAGGGGUUUUAAUACUUGGCCUGGAGCAAAAUUAUAUUAAUAAUCAUAAGCUUCGAAAUUGUGGAUUUCUUGUACCGCCCCAAUCGUGUAACGUACGACUUUCAAUAGCUUGGUUAUGUUAAUCGAAAAUUCAUUAAUGUUUGGUCGCUUGAAUUUAUUGAACUGAAGUUUUAAUAAAGAUUGACGAUACCUUUGAAGAUUUUGCCUGCUUAUCGAGUUCGAGCAGAAGCCACAAAACUUCCGCGUAGAUUUAGACUGCUAGAAACGUGCGUGUACUAAUGUUUUUCUCGGGAGAAUAAGCUAAAUAUGCUUAAUGUAACAAUCACAGGAAAGUCGAUCAUCAAAGCUCUUCGGAUUGGCAAAUGGUCGAUUUAUUUAGUUUGAUGUCUUCUGAGUCAAAAGGGUUUUGUAGGUUGGAUUGUGUUCGUUAAAAUUCGGAGCGAGUUAUAUUUUCAGAGGCCGGUAAAUUUCAUGCAGUCAUUUGCGGCAUAAGCAAACUUUUCACCUUCCAGUUAAUUAUUGUUCGCCAAGAACAAUAAAGAUGCCUACAUUCGCGGUUCGUCUGCGUUCACAUUUUCGUUCGAAGCUUAAAAACGAGUACAAAUUAAAUAAUAAUGGUUUCUUCCUCUCUUGUUUCGUUUUCCGUUGACGUAAGCUUAUUCCCUUGGUUUCGACCGUGAUCAUGUUAAUAAUCAUUUCUGGUGUGCAAUUUUACCUUGAUACCUUCAUUAAUGCUUUUAAAAGGAAAGUUGUUCUCAUUAAUCUAAAAGAGUUGUGUGGACUAGCUAUAGGCUUUGCUUUUCUCAAUCCAGCUGCUAAUUUUUCACGCGGUUUAUUAGUUUCCUAAAAACCAUUUAGCCACAUCAAACAGCCCUUGAAUCUUCAGGCAUUUUACGAGUCUUUUUUGUUUAUUUACAUUGUCUGUAGUGUCUACACUUGAAUUGAUUGGGUAUCGCCGACCGUUUAAAAGAAAACUGAAAAUUAUAUAUUUUUAUGGUUUACAUUUCUUCCAAUUCUGCUUUGAUAGGGUUUCAUAAUUUAGACGUGUUGCUGCCGUAGAAACCAUUCUUUUACGAAAAAAAAUGGCAUGUUUACUUUAAUUAUUACAGUGUGUAUUAAUUUCCACUGAUGCAAUGUAAGGCCCCAUGACCAAGGUUGUAGAUAAGUUUGCUAGUUCCAGCUGUAUCGAGUUUCAAAUAAGAUCAAUAUCAGAAAUAUUAAUCCAAAUGACCAGGGAAAAUUUGGCUUUCAAUACAAAACUAAUUGACAUAGUUAAAAAAAAUAUCAUUCAUUAUUAAUCCUGGUGUUAUUUUUUGGCAAAAUAGCCACUAACACCAUGUAAACUUUGAAUGUACCGAUCAAAAGAAAUCAUUAAAAUGAAUGAAUAGUUUAUCCCAACAAUGAGAUAUUAAAAGAUAAAAUAAUAUCACCACAGGAAAUUACUCCUAAAUGAUAAUAAACGACUGUAAUUAGAACUUUGAUUGUCAACAGCAAAUAAACCGAAUACUAAUAGUGCCAAGUGAAAAAAAUGAUUAGCAAUUUUCUGUUGAGGCUGCGUUAAUGCUUUGAAGGAAAUUAUUGUGACACUUUUACACAUAAGAGAACCUUAGUAAAUAAAAUUCAGAAAAAAUGAUGAUUUCAAUUUGCUCGGUAGCACCAUCUGAGCCUAAUCUCCUGAGAGAGAACAAUAGUAUUAAUAAUGAAAAAUAAAUGGCACAAGGUGAAACUUCUUACAUGAGAGGAUGUCAUUCACAGAUACAAAAGUUUGAACUACAUCUCCUGUCUCCAAAGUGAGAGAGUUUGAAUUGAUAAUAACCAGGUCACACUCAACAGACUUAAAAGUUGCCGAAACCUUUGCACAUCAUGAUGAAAAUACUAAGUUGUGACUCUAUAGGUGUAUUACCUUUCAUUUAAAAUUUACUAAAUACAGGGUUGCCAUAGUCAGGGAAAAGUCAGGGAAAAAUGAAAAUUUUUCAAAGUCAGGGAAUUUUUUUAAAUAGUCAGGGAAAAUCUUUGAUAUUGUCAAAGUCAGUGAAAAGUCAGGGAAUUCUGUUUUCUGGUUUAUAUUUUAUAAGUUUUCUUGAAGAUUUUGAGUUGUAUUUUCUUUUGGAAAAGACGAAAAGUAUGCUGCAAAGCAAGCAAAGCAAUCAAUUUGACACUUUACGUCUGACACAUGUUGUAGUUGUGGUCAGUGGUUUUCAUUGUGGAUUCUUUCUUCCAAAUUCCUUCUUCUUCUUUCUGCGAAAAGCAGAAAGAGGUUGAAAAUGAAGAGAAAACUGUUUAUCAUGCUGUACAAGGUGGUUCUAGCUUUGGAGUCUUUGAGUUAAAUGCUUAAGUGUGACCAUUUGAAUGAAACUUUCCUCUGGUGAUGCUUAUUAUGCUGUGCAAUGUGGUUCUACGUAGCUUUGGGGUCUGUAGUUAAAAUCCUCAAGUGUGACCAUUCAAAUAAUGCUACUGCAAACAGUUCUUUGCUGUGGUGCUGUUUGUUAUGCUACACAAGGUAGUUCUAAAUUUUUAGUCUGUGGAUGAGAUCGUAAAGUGUGACCAUUCAAAUGAAAGCUAGUGAGCAGUACUUUCAUGUGAUACUAUUAAUUCAUCAUCUGAUACAAAGUUAAAACCAGAAUACAAAUUAAAAAAAAAUAAAAAUGAUGAUUGAUAGAGUUCACUACAUUUCCGCACACAGUCAAAUAUAAUUUUCAUUAUGGCAAAAAAUUCGUUGUUUAAUUUAUUUGAUUUUAUUUUUUUUUAGGACUUCUUAACUUCAGCUUGUAGAGAACAUUACAAAAAUCACUGUUGUUCAAAGUCACACACUGUAUUUACAUGUAUGUCUGCAUAAUAAUAUGACAAGAAAGUUCAGCCUGGCAGUUUUGAAAUAAUACGUGACCUUUAGUAAUUAAGGCAAAAGGAAAUUGAUAUUGAAGCAAAAUAUGUUAUUAAUUCAUAAAUGUUUAUCAUAAAGAAAGAUAAGAACUUGAUAAAAGUUCUUGUUUUAUUUUUGUAUUCCAUAUUUUACAUUAAUAUUUUGGAGAUACCCAUCAGCAUUUUCUACCACAGUUGACUCACUCCUAAUGGACACCUAGAGUUGGUCCCUGCCUUUCUUUACUCCCUUUAUUCGACUCUUCAUGAGACAGACACCUCUCUUGGACGGACACUUAGUACCGGCCCCAAAGGUGUCCGACUUCGAAAGAGUUGACUGUAUACUAAUAUUAUUAUUGUUGUUGUUAUAGAGUAGUUUGUAUGAUGCCAGUAUCUCCAGAAUAUUAUUUUUAUUACAAAAAUGAUUGCAAAAAAUAGACAGUCACCCUGAAAAGCUCCAUUAUACUUUUGAUUCACCAAAAGAGAUAGCUCUGUUUUGUUAAUUGAAGGAGGUUGAUCUCUCUCCUGAUCGCAAAGUGAUAAGACUUCUAAGAUUUGAUAGGUUGCAAUUGUUUCCGCGACUACAAUGUUCUCGCUAAAACUUGUAGUAGAGUGACAAUGGCUACCACAUUUUCCUGCCAAAAUGACACUACAAUCAUGGACACAAGUCUUGGGACACUUUUGCAUUUCUGGAAGUUUUCCAAUUUGCACAGGCCCAACCCCUCGCCUCACCCCACAAACAAUGUUGGACGCGUAUAUCCAGAAUUUUUUCUGAGUUUCAACUUUGUAUAGGGUGGGGGGAGGGAGAACUGCAAGAUAAUUGUGAAAAGGAUGGCACACUGUUUUAUGAGGGAACCUAGAAUGACAGAAAAAUAUGAAUAUUGCAUUGCUGUCCCAAGAACUUUUGUCCAUGAUUGCAGUUCACAUGCAAACACUACUUAGUAUUAAGAAAAUCUCAUACUUGUAGUCAUUCUCGUCUAAAGCCAGUCUCUAAUGACUGUCAGCUUUGUACAUGCUAGCUACAGGUUGCCCGAGGGGUAGGUUGUGUAAAACGGACUUUCUUCGCACACUGUGUUCAUGCUUGUUUUUGUUUCGUCAACAGCAGUGCCCCAGAUAGCAUGAUCACUGUGUCAAAAGGCCGUGAAUUAGCAGAAAGACUUGGAACCUGCUACUGUGAAAGCAGUGCUGUUACGGGUGAAGGUGUAUACAGUGUUAUUGACUCUGCUGUGCGAGUAGCAAUUCAGAACCAAGCUCCUGCGAAAACAAGGUUCAAGGUUUUUCAGCGGCAGAAGAAAGCUCCAAAAUUGCUGCGACAUGGACCAGAUCCUCCUGUGCUAUCUCCCCCAGGUUUGUAGAGUUAACUUGUUUUAACCCUCAGUUUUAAGCAUGAUCUCAAAAUUGAGCUUGCCCUGGUACCUACAUUUGUACAUCUAUGCAUACUCUAAUAUGGGGUAUAUUUUGUCCUUAAGAAAGCACACUAAGGCCCAUUACUUCAAAUUACCCCUCAAAAAGUGCCAUUAACUACAUGGUUGACAGUGAUUUUGUUACCUUUGAAUCCUGCGUUCCUGACACAUAAAAAUUCCCAAAGACGCAAAAUAAAAAUAAUUAUUUAUGGCACGCAUUCAGAUCGAUCUGAAGAUGUGUUUUUGUUAAAUAUCCUGUUUGUUUGAUUUCUAACUAUAUUUUAAUUAUUUCAUUAUACUGUAAUAAAGAAGUUUUGGAGUCUGCCCUCAGAUUAACUGUCUGGUUACAUAAAGGCCCAAGUAUUUUCAAUUCAGGAUUCAUAGUUUUUUGAACUGGGACUCAGUGGUUCCGGACUGGGACUCAAAAUAUUUUCACAAGAUGAGUACCCAGGACUCACCAUAACUAUUUGUAACAAAAUCACUGGGUUAAAAUGUUAGCGAAUAAGAUGCUUUAAUUUAUUUUUUGAGUUUCUUAGCUUUUCAUGUAUGCAUGGGAACUUGAAUAAUUCGGGCUUUUAUACAGGUUAUUGCCAAUGAAAGCAAUGGAUUCUAUUGAAAGAUGGAAAAGUUGAAGUACCAUAAAUGAUCUAAUAGACGCCCUCUCUCAAAUUACCACCCACUGUCUCUUAAAUGCCCCCAAGCUUUAAAGUUUGUAUGUGAUGUCCUGUCUAAUAAACGCCCCUGCCUAAGAAAUGCCCCCUGUCUAAUAAAAUAAUGCCCCUUGUCUAAUAAAUGCCCCCUGUCUAAUGAACACCCCCUGUCUAAUAAAUGCCCCCUGUUUAAUGAAUGCCCCCUGUCUAAUAAAUGCCCCCUGUUUAAUAAACACCCCUUGUGUAAUACAUAUAAAUGUCCCUUAUCUAAUAAAUGCCUCCUGUCUAGUAAAUGCCCCCUCUCAAUAAAUACCCCCUGUUUAAUGAAUGCCCCCUGUUUAUUAAGCACCCCCUGUGCGAUACAUAUAAAUGCUCGCUGUCCAAUAAACACCCUCCAUGAUAGUUGCUCUAAUUUUAAUAAACACCCCCUGUGUAAUACAUAAAAAUGCCCCCAUCUAAUAAAUGCCCCCUGUUUAAUAAACACACCCUGUCUAAUACAUAUAAAUGCCCCCUAUCUAAUAAAUGCCCCCUGUCUAAUGAACACCCCCUGUCUAAUAAAUGCCCCAUGUUUAAUAAACACCCCCUGUGUAAUACAUAUAAAUGCCACCUGUCUAACAAUGUCCAUGAUAGUUGCUCCAAUUUUAAAUGCCUGUUGUCUAUUAAACAUCCCUGCUUGAGGUCCUAAAUUCCGGAAAUUCCGGGUCAAUGGUGAUGAUGAUGGUACAGAUAUGUCUUGUUUCCUCUGCUUUGAGAAAUUGGAUCAGACAAUAAACCUGAGAAAUUUUGAGUACAAAGAAACAAUGACAGAUGGGAUUUUUUACAGUUAUUUUUAUCGAAUGUUGCUUUUUUAUAUCACUCAUUAAACAGAUCCAAUGCCACCAGUUGAAAUUUUGCCCUCUACCUUCACUGAGGAUAUGAAGAAAAUGCAAAACGAUACUAGCCCUGGAAAUUCAGACAUCAGGCUUGUCUUUGGUUCUAAUAGUCAUCCAGUGGAAGCUCAUAAAAUCGUACUCAGUAUAGGUUCUUCUGUGUUUCGUGACUUCUUUUUGAACAAUGGAGAGGAAGUUGAACUCAGUAGAUUACUAAGUAAUGCUGAGUCGUGCUCUUGUACUAGCAAAGAAACCAAGCAAAGUGGGAAGAAAAGCAAUGUAAAAGAUACUAGCAAUGGAAACCUUCAAGGUCUAGUUCCCGCUCAUCAAAGCUCAGAACGUUCACCAAACCUGGAAAGAAAGGCCAAAGGAAAGACUAAGACAUGCUUACAUUUUAAUAACAGUGUUUCUGGUAAAGCUUUUCAAUACGUGCUAGAGUUUUUGUAUUCUGGCUCACUCAGUAUUCCAAUGGAUGCUGAUGAAUCUCUGUACACGAAGAUCACAAGCUUGUCUCACAGACUGCGCAUUCCUUGGUUGGGACAGAUCUGUGAGAACAUAACAAAUGGGGAAAGCUACCUCAACCCCAGCUUAGUGGCCAUUAUGCAAGAGGAGAGGAACAAAAUCGUCAAGGAGAACUUUGUGAAUCGUCCGCAUUUUUCAGAUGUGGUGUUUCAUGUUAAAAACACUGUUUUGUAUGCUCACAGAGCAUUGUUAAUGGCAAGGUCAGAGGUCAUGGCAGCCAUGUUUGGUGGUAGCUUCUGUGAGCGAGAUAGCCAUGAGGUAGGUCUGCAUCAUUGGAAUGUUGUUGACAGUAGGCCAUACUCAGCUCCGAGGCUGAGAGGAAUAAAACAGAACAAAUGAAAUAUUUAUUGCUGAAUCUAAAAAAUUAAUGCAUUUUCUUUUGUUUCAUACCCUUCAGCCUUGAUGCUAAGUAUAAAUAAUUCAGAACUACAGCUGUAGUCUACUGCAGCACAGGAGGAUCCUCUUGGGAGAAAACCUGUCUUUUCACAUUUUGAGGGAGAAGCCAUGUCCCUGUUGAUAUCUUACUAUUAUUUUUGCACUUUCUUGGGGUGUCUCAGUCUCGCCCCAUCUUUGUGUGAUUUGUCACCCUUUCUGCUUUCUUAUGUUGCUGUUUCAAGGCCAUGUUGUUUCAUGUUGGAAGUUUACCCUAACAGAAGUUCAAAAUACAGUCAAACUUUGUUAAUAUGGACAUCAAGGGGGCCACAGAAAAUGUCCGUAUUAACAGGGUGUUUGUAUUAAGCAUUGGACACAACGUAAGGGCUUUCUUUCCCCAGGGAUUAAGCAAACUGUCUGUAAUGAUGGGAUGUCCAUUUUAAGCAAGUGUCCAGUAAGCGGGGUUUGACUGUGGUGUUGACUGUCGAUAUAACGCGGUUAACUGAAAGGAGCUGUGUCAUGAUCUGUAGGUUCAAAAUAAUGCUUACAAUAUACAGUGUAGUGGUUUAAAAGUCUGGUCUAAAAUUACUCUUGUGGAAAGCAAGGGUGAAUUGCCGACUAGGAGAAGCUGAGUGUUCUGGGCCUGAGGUGGGCAGUUUUAGAAAGAUGGGUGGGGACAGAACAAUGUGGAAGUAAAGGAGACAGGUUGUCUAGGGAAGAUAGAUAUUCUAAAGGGGAUUGGUUACUUUGAGAUGGGUUGUCUGGGGGAGUGGGAGCAGUCUGAUGGGUGAACUUUGAGGGUGAGAUAGACAGUCAAGGAGGCUCUGUGUUCUUGGAGUGGUGUGGGAGAGAUGUUAAGCCAGUGAGGGUGGGAUGGGCUACAUGUAUCUUGGGGGAGAUGAGUAGUCUGGAGGGGAAUGGAUUGUCUAAGGGAGAAAUAUGCGUGACUGACCAAGUUUGAGGUCAAGAUGGCUGGAUAUUGAGACAAAGUCAAGGUCAAUAAGAAGCCAAAAAAGAACUAAGAUAUUAUCCAGUAGAGUUCAUACAGGUCGUAGAAACCUGGAAAGUCAAGGAAUUUAAGCAUCUCAUUUUCCAGGCCUGGAAGGCCUUGGAAUUUAAUGUUCAGUCCUCGAAAGUCAUGGAAAAUUAAAGUUUAUUUUGAUUAGUAUGGCUGAUGACGUGAUGAGGACAUUGUAAGAUAGAGAGAAGUGAUUGACCAGAAAGAAGGGUAUGCAUUGUGGUGAACUGAUUACAGUCUAAACAAGGAAAGUCUCAAAAACUUUUGAAAGUGACAGCUAAACCUUAGGUCUGGGAAAACUUAAAAAGGUCAUGGAAAAAGUAAUAGAAAGUGAUGGAAUUUGAAGAGCUUAAAAGAGUAUGAAUGCAGUCCAGCUAUCUUAACCCUUUAAGCCCCAAUAUCCACAUACAAAUUCUCCAGACUGAUCUCCAUACAUUUCCUUCAUGAAUGAGUUGAGAGAAUUUGAUAAAAGAUCAAGGCAUUUUCCCUUAGGUGAUCAUUUAUUAAUUCUCAUAACCUAAUCUCUUGACAUUGUAUGGAUAUCGUUAGGAGAAAAUUGACAUUAAUCACCAUUGGGACUUAAAGGGUUAAUCAAACAAGCUUGGUCAUUUAAGUGUUUAUUAUACGGCCUAUAUGAGAACUUAUUUCUUGUGGGACCAAUGCAGGAAAUCCUGAGCAAGGAGUUAGGCCCAUCUAGUCCGUUUGAACACGGAUUUGCCAUAUAAUAAAACAGAAUAGUGUUUGUAUAAUAGGAGUUGCAAAGAGGUCAACUCAAAAGGAAAAUUGCAGAGUCCAAGGAUAUCUUGAACACCAAGCCAGUUGAAUUAGUUGAAUUAGUGUUUACUUUGACUCGCUUAUAUGGUUUUAACUUGAUGUUGUAGGUCACAAUUAAAGGAGCAACUGUAAAGAGCUUCCUGGCUUUGCUGGUUUUCCUGUAUACAGAUGAUGUACCAAGCGACAUGACUAUCAAUGACUACCGAGAGCUGCUUGUGGUGGCUGACAGGUUUUGCCUUCCCCAGCUCAUUUCAGUCUGUGAGUCAGCCAUCACAGAGAAAAUUUACACAGAGAUUAGGAAGAAACGUCUGAACUCUGCAAAAUGCAAUGAUGUGAUCAACUUGCUUUUGACAGGGCAGGUAGGGGUUUGAAUAAGCUGUGAUUCAACUAAUGGCAGUAUACAAGAAAUGUUCCCAAACCACACUCAGGGGUUUCAAUAAGUUUCUGCACAAGUGGGUACUUAAGAGUAACAGGCGGGUAUAUUUGCCGAAGGCCUGAAAAUUUUGAAGUUCUAGACUCUCGCAGAUGCAUUUUCAGGUCUUUUUUUGUUGCUUUGUUGUUUCAUUUUUUUGCUCCUAAGUCAACUAAUUUAAACAAAUUUGAAGAGAAUUAUGUUACAAUGAAGUAGUCACAGUCAAAACCUAUUUUGCCAAAUUUUUUGGCAAGAAUUCGAAGCUGAGAUGAAAUUAUCUGGUCUUAGUUGACGUUCAUGUGAAGGCUCCAAGCGGGUAAUCGGCCCGUUGCAAGCGGGUAGAUCUACCCGCUACCCGGCUACUAUUGAAACCCCUGCACACUUACAUUUCCUUAGAUCCCUGUAAAUUUUAAUCUCUUUCACCUCUUAUCAUGGUAUGUGCCAGUAUACCAGUAAAAGACAGAUUUGAGACGCAUCUUGGUAUUAGUACUCCGGAUUUCAAGUGACAGGGAUGAUCGAAGGCUUUUUUGGGGUCUGAAAUUUUCGAUUGCAGGAUUUUUUGGGGUAGGAAAAUUUGGCAAGUAUUUUUUGGGUGGCUUGAUUUAUGUACUAGGGAUUUUUUUGGCUAUUCAGAACAAUCUGAAGAUCAUGAUAGUGCCUGCUUAUCCCAGCCGUGUUGUUCUUUGAUUUAAGUACAACCGAAUUAAACUUGGUUUCCUUUCUGAAGAUUUUUAAGGGCUUAGAAAUUCGGCUUGUGAUUUUUUGGGAGUUAAAUUUUGGUCCAGGGAUUUUUUGGGGUUUUGAUUUUUUGCCUUCAUUCAAUCAUCCCCUUCACUUGAAAUCAGGAGAACCCCCUUCGGAUGAGGGUGGGGAGUGGUGAAGGGCCAAGGUAUAACCCUACUAAGUUGCAUGGAAACAAGUCUCAAAAAAUUUCCUGCUGAGUCAAGGCCGUGCUCUAAGAAAUAUUAAAAGGAGCCCAGUGUUCUGAACUUGUAAAAUCCAGGGUGUGUUAGCAUAGGAUUUCUAGGGAAAAACUAAGACUUCAUAGUUGCCAAAGAACAAAAGUAAGGCACCAUAGCCACCAGGCUCUUCCUGUACCCAUUAGGCCAUGACAACUAGAUUUUCCUCCCAGGCAAGUUCCUUUUCUUGUUCACUUACCCAAUGGGUAAGAGCCAGACAAGUAAUUUCCUAACUAAAUCAUAAACUAAGGCAUGCAUUCAAAGACCUUGGGCAAACAAAUGAGGAAAUGGCUGUCCAAAGGACAAGCUGGAAUCCAUUUUUUUUUUGCCUUGGAAAAGUAUUGCCUUAUUAUUAUUUUUUGACUUUGCAUAAUGGUGUGUUCUUUCAGUUGAGCCUUCCAACUGUCAUCUUCUUUCCUGUACCAUUGUUUCUAACCUUUUCUGACUAUCAUUGUAGGCCCACAAUGCACCUCAGCUCGCACAAUGGUGUUUGUAUGUGAUCACUACAAACUACCCUGAUUUUGAAACCUGUGAAGACUUUGAACUGAUCAAAGGGGACAAUCGCCGGCAUGUUUUAGAGCACCGAUGGCCACCUUUAGCGUACUUGAAAGAGCUAGAAGAAUUCAAGAGGAAGACUGGAAGAGCAUAAAUUCAACAAUAUAUGAUAAGUUGAAAUAUUUUGGUAAGGCUCAUAAUCCCCACCUCAAGCCAUAAUCUUUUUUGAUAACCAAACAUGCAACAAUCUUUGUCUUUACUGAGACCAGAGUUGGUGCUUCCUGUGCUCCAUCAUUGGUGAUCAUUUUUAGACAAAGUGCACGCACUUGUGGAGGUGGCACAAGAGCUAAUAACUGCACUGAGCAAUGUUAGUAAGCCAUGGCCAUGCUUUUAAAGUAAUGGAAAUGAGAGCUGUUUGUUAGAAUCUUUAAGCUUUGCUUUUGCUAAAACAGCAACAAAACAACCCUUGUUAUAGGUAUAGUUGCAAAGUGGACAUUACAGAGAAGACAGGUUUGUAACCAGAUAGUAUCACGCAAUCUUGAAAAUUAUUUUGUUGUUGCUGCACAACAAUGCAUUACAAAGCAAACUUGUGAUAGUUAAUAACACUGCAAGAUAUUAUCAGGCCUGAUAUCUCGGAUCUGACAUGGGAUCAAUUUGGGUUUCCGGGAAACUGCGCACCUACCCCUCCGCUAAGCCAACAUUAACACCUAAUUCUCACUUAAAGCAAAAUGGUGGCUAAGGGGUGGGGUGGGUUGGCAGUUUCAAAAAAACCUAAAUUGAUCAGCUCAGACAAAUACAGCAUCUGUGUCAUAUCUGUAUUGUUUCCUUAUCUCUGACCUGCAGCGUAAGAGGUAAAAACCUAUUCUUUCCAAUCAGAGCUAUAUUAGCUUGGAUUCUGUAAAAUAUAGCCAGAAAUUUGAUUGUACAAAGGUUAAAGGUUAAAAAUUAUUUAAUAUUUAAUUUACAGCAUAUUUAGUUAGGACAGCAUUUAAUUAUAAUAAAAUACAUUGUUCCAGAGGAUCUUUAAUCAUGCCCUUUGGUAACACAGAAGUUUCUGUACCAACUUAUCUACUUGUAAGUAUUUUUGCUUCCAGUCAAUUGUUAAGAAAGCAUCAGGCCCCAUUUAUCUAAAACACUUUUUGUUGAAAAUGAUGAAUAUAUGAAUUUUAUGUAUUGAAACCGCCGAAUGAAGAUAUUUUUGCAGAGGUCAGGGUUCCAAUAGUUUUAUCUUUAACUGCAGUGAUCACCUUUGCAUUAAUUAUUUUUCUUCAUUUUGCAGUUCCAAUAUAUGAAAUUCUUCUUUCUUCUUUCCCGGGUAUAUUACGAAUCAAUUCAAUGACCUGCUCCCAGUUUGCAUGCUAGCUCAAUUGGUAGAGCACUGCACCAGCAUCGCAGAGGUCAAGAUUCGAAUCCCGGUAAGCCUGAAUGUUUUCAGGCUUGCAUAAGUUGUAUCUUUAACUGCGAGGACCACUAAAUCUAAAUUUUUCACUAGUCAAAUCUAAUCCCUUUAAAAUUUAUUUUAGUACAAGGUUGGCUUCUGAGUCAACAAAGUAGAGUAUGCCUGGUCUAAAGUCAUGGAUACAAUCUUCAAAAAGCCACUUUGGCUAGUCCACUUUAAUUUACAUGUAGAACACUUCAUGGAAGAGGUUAGAACUGAAUGGUUUCAAAAAAAUAAAUUGAUAAACAUUCUGAUAAAAUAGUAAUUAGAUUUAUCUGAUUUCUUGGUAAUCACAAAUUUCUUGUUUUUCUUGAAGUUAUAAAUCUGGGACAGUAUUUGUUAUGAAGGAAAUAAUCAUUCUAAUCAUGUUACUUAUAAGGAAUAAUUAGGUAUGAAGGAAAUUCUAAUCAUGUUACUUAUAAGGAAUAAUUUUAAUAUUUUUUUCAGCUUGAAAUAUUACUCUUAUACUUAGAGUUAGCCUUCCACACAGGCAUUUUUAGGGGAGCUCGUUUGUGGGGAGGGACGAAAUACGAGAUCCCCUAAAAAUGCCUGCAUGGAAUGCAAGCUUAGUGUAUGCUUGGUAAGAAAUUCAUUUCUUGCUUAAAACUCAUAUUCGCCAGUGUAUUUAUUUAUUCAUUUAAUUUUUUACACAAGCUUUUAGCAGAAGGCAUUGUUACUGAAUAUUGAUCCCCCUCAAACAAAAUCAGGGAGGGAGACUUUCUCACCAUUAUUUUUUUUUUAGGGGAGGGGGUGUCUGUACCCAGACUAAAUUCUCUUUCAAAAAGUUUUCUGUGAAUUUUGGCAAUGUUGAUAAGUAUUAGGCAAAGUCCAAAAGGUUUUGGAGGUGGAGUUGUGUAAUUUGAAAGGGUUCAGUUCUGCUCUUAUCAGAAAAUGUAAAACAUUUUCUUGGAUAACUGAAUUGGUGCCCAGAGAAAGUCUCUUCAGUGAUAUGUGAUAUUCUACUAAAUUCCCCUUACAAAUUACCUUGUAUUUUCUUGGGAAGUGAGAGGAGAAUUUUAUGUUAGAUCAAGACUUGUUUAGAAUUCAUGCUUUCCUUUAGUGGAGAAAGUGACAAUACAAACCUUAGACUCAAUGAAUUUAAUUCUACCAUGUGAGGAUAAUUAAGUAUUAAACUGUAUUCUUUAAUUGGCAGAAGGUUCUAAAAUUAAAAAUUUCAGCAAAAUAAGGCACGUCGUACAUGUAUUUUUACAUGAAUUGUCUAAUUAGAUUUUUUAAUGAAGACUUUAAAAACAUAGGCAAAGAAUUUACCUCAGUAGUGAUAAAUGAUGUCAUAAACUUUGAAUGACAGGUGUCAGUUAUAUUUGUACCCAUAAGAGAAGUCGCAUCUAAUUGGCUAAUCACAUUCAUACUUAAUAAUCUUAGGAUCAAUUAUCAGCUAGCUUUUAAAAUUUUUUCUCUCGUCUAGUCCUAGUUUGUCUGAAUAUUAUUAUAAGCUUAAGCUCGCCUGUUGCGAGAUAUGUGAGCAAGGAUACUUAGUCAUAACUUGUACCAUUUCAUCGCUUCUCAACAGCUUUGUUCUAUGUACCUUCCAUACUUUGUAAAAAUCUAACAUUGAAGGCGAAUUAAAAUAAAAA